AUGUCUGCCACCGGUGCUCAACUAGGCUCAUCAUGCGGUUUCUCAACGCGCAUUUCGCUCCGAUGGGUCCCAGAAGUCCCUGAGGAAACAACCGACACAAUUGUGCUUUCCGUGGGAGAGUGGUUCCUUGAUUUGCGAAUGGACAAGAAAUCCGGCGACAUCGACUGGGCAAUGGCCGGCACUAGAAUCGAGGAAAAUCCUAAGGGAAUCCCACUCAAAGUUAUCUUUACGCGCGAGUUGGACUCCCUGAAUGAGAUCGGCAUUAAGGAUAUUGGUAACUUUAGCCCCCGUCCCGAUGGUACCGAUCUUGAAAGCGGGGAGAUGCCUCGGGCCGACCUUCCUGGUGCGCCUAUGACAGCCUUUGAGGAGGUCUGGCAGGAGUUACCCUUCAGAGAAGGCCCUGAAGGGGCGAAGAAAGGGAUUUCGUGGAUUCUAGAGUCCGAUGAUGCUCCCCUAGCUCCAGGUGAGCAGGAAGGACAGGUGACCGUAACCAAAAUCUUUAUGGGCCGCAUCUGGGGAACUUAUUUGGCGUUCCAGCAAACUCAGACUCAUUCUAGCCAGAAAGAUGAGAGCGGAGUGUGGUCUGUGAAGAGGUCGGGAAGUGAAGUCAGUGCGAGAAGAGAAGAGUGGGGUUCUAGGUGGGAGGAGAAAUAUGUGGUGGGCCCUGAUGGAGCUGCCGUACCCUCGAUGAAGAACGGCUAUGACGGAGAAGGUAUGGGCACAUGGAGGAUCCCAGGGGAGAAGGUGGUUAUUCAGGGAAAGUCGUUCAUUGUUCGGGCCUUCGAAGAGAUUCAGUAA